CUCACUCUUCUUCUCCCCUUCCACCUUAGAGAUGAGUAGCGAAAUUUUAGAUCCCUUUGGGGGCGUCGUCAUAUCUAUAUUUAUUAGCUUCCUCCUUUUGGGUGCUAUGUUUGUGCAAUUGUACAUCUACUUUGAUCGCUAUCCCAGGAACAAUAUCUGGCUAAAGGUAUUUGUCAUAGUUCUCUUUACCUUGGACGUUCUCAACUCUGUCUUGUCCCUUAUGUGGAUUUAUAAUCUCCUGAUCGACAAUUGUGGGAACCCCGUCGCAUUCACCAAAACUGAAUGGACUGCUGUAACCGACCCGCUUGUGGAGGGUAUCAUGGCAGGAAUGGUUCAAGGUUUUUUUGCAUGGAAGAUCUGGGUGUUAACCAGGAACUAUUUCUACCUCGGUGUGAUCGUGCUCUGCACAUUGACAUCUCUUGCCGGCAGCCUAGCGACAAGUAUACUCUGCUUUUUAACUGCCGGAUCUGCUGACUGGAAUGGGCUUCGUUAUGAAGUGGGCGCACCCAUUUUUAUAUGGCUUAUUCCAGCGACACUUGGGGACCUCGUCAUCACAGUCAUUAUCGUCAUAUAUCUGCAACGAGCAAAAGGUUCCAUCAAACGGACCAAUCGUAUCUUAGAUAGAAUUACCCGACUGACGAUGCAGAAUGGGUUUCUCACCGCCACCGUCGCCCUAACUGAUGUAGGUUUGACUCUCGGUAGUCGGCCUUACUAUCUUUGUGCGGGCUCUCCAAUUUCUGUUCUGUUUGACCAUCCUAAUCAUUACCUCCCAGGGGUCGUAUAUAUCUUGCCUAAACUGUACACAAACUCAGCGCUUUCGAGUCUUAACGCGCGCCAACCCCACAUCCAGGAUAUUGGAGAUGAAGUGGCCUCUAUGAACAUGCCGUGGAAUAAUCUCGAAGGAGUCACUGUAUUCAUAAGCGCUGAGCAUGAGAGUCAUGAGAUGAGAUACCCUCGUAACCCGAAAAAUGUCAGCAUAGCCAGGUUUUUGCCAGACGAACAAGACGUUCCGAAAGACCGUCUGACCCAGUCAGUGCAAACAUAGGCCAAAAAAAUGCACGACGAUAAUAGCGAGAACUACGAGUCUUAAGUAUCGCUACCUUCGACGAUCUCUUUGUCUUUGUAGUAAUAAUCAACGAUGUAGUCUAGUCUAGGCCUCGGU